AUGCGGCGAACGUCAUACUUUCUGCUGGACCAGACUCCCCCGCCGUGUGUGGAGGGUGAUGCGCAGCCCGGGGACUCCUUGCUCAGCUCCGAGGAGGAGUCCGACAUUCCCACCUGGUCAGCGCUGAGAGCCAAAAUCCUGUCUUUUACCCGAGGCCGCAGUAAAAGUCCGACUCUGAAGAGCCCAGGCAGUAGGAGUCCCACAUGUCGCAGCCCAACUACAAGAAGUCCGGCCUCCCGCAGCCCAACUAACAGAAGCCCGACUGCUCGGAGCCCAAUUGCCUGCAAGAGUCCAGUUAGUAAAAGUCCCACAACACGUUCCCCAUCAGCUCGCUCCCCAACCUGCCAGUCACCUAAUCGUUCCCCUACUAACAAAUCACCACCUCUGAAAUCUCCCACACAACGCUGGGCACCUUCUCUGGCACUAAGCAAAAGAGGGUCAUUUUCCCGUGGAUCUUCACGCGAGUCCCGCGGGUCCCGUGAGUCUCCCACCGGAGUAGCGGACUUCAUGGAGGGUCAACCAGCACGUCGCAACUCCGGAUCUAAAGUGAAGCGCUGUCUUAAGAAAGCCUUUAGUCUUAGUUUAGGAGAGGACGGGGAGGACACCGGGGAACUUGAGAGUCCCGGCGGUACUCCAGGAGGACGUAAAGUCAAACUUAAAAUUCGAUCGUCGCCGGUGGAUCAAGUCAUAGAAAUGACACAGUGGGAUGAGGAGGAAGAGGAGAAAAACGUCGUCGCAGCUGCAAGACGCCCGCGUAAAUCGUCUUAUCAUGGUUCUACAACUCCCACGUCGCCAGUGGAAGCCCCCAAACGUCACUCCUUCAGUACGGGGUCAGAUCGUGCUGGCAUCGUAGUAACUAACAAUGACUUGGUGUCUUUGUUAGGACCCAGCCAUCGCCUCACGCCCCCGGGGCUGCCUCUACCUGAAGAUGUACCACCAGCGCCCCCAAGUCUGCCCAAUCCUCGUGCCAGAGGGCGCUCUCAGAGCAUCGCUGUGUGUUGGGAUAAUCAACAAAAUUCUACAGACGGUGAUAAGCCUGAGAGUGAUGGGCCUCAAGUUCCCAUUACAAUCCGAAGAACUGACUGUGAUUACAUUGCGUUGCCUCUCCUGACCCAGAACACGUCUUUGGAAGCUCCCGAGGAAGAAGACGAAGAAGAAGAUAAAGAUGGAGAUGACCAAGAAAAAAAGCUGUUGUGGGACUCUUCUGGCUCCACCAUCGACGCCGGGCUGCUGGGGUCUGUCAUCGAGCAGUACCUCAAGACCUCCAAAGAAGAUGAGGUCGGGGAAGUCGCCUCCGCCCUCACUGGUUUACAGGUCAAGUGACGCCCGACUCGCCACCA